UAGUCCCUCGGGUAAAAGCCAAAAUUACCCCUUUGGUCCUUAUAUAAAUAGAAAAUCUUUUUUAUUUUCAAAAGGGUAACUUUUUUUAUUUUUCUCAAUUUUUGUCUGGUUUCCAUUUGGGAAAAACCGAAAAGCUCUAAUUUUUCUUGAGCUCCAUCAAAAAGGGGAUUGCAGGAAAGAGCAUCAUCGUUGCCAUGUCGCGGCAUAGAUCCAGAAGAUUAGAACUACCUCCGGCUCAAGAGAAUAUUGAAAAAUUGGAGAAAGUUAUAAAUGAGGGCAACUGUUAUGGAGCUCAACAAAUGUACAAAUCGAUUAGUGCCAGAUAUGUAUCUGCUGAGAAGUAUUCUGAAGCAUUAGAUAUCCUACAUUCAGGAGCUUGCCUUCAAUUGACUCAUGGGCAGGUUACAUGCGGAGCAGAGCUUGCUUCAAUGUAUGUGGAGACCUUAGUGAAAGGGAAAAUUCCUUAUGAUGAAAAAACACUUGAUCUUGUCAAGAAAAUCUAUCAGGCGUUUCCUCGGGUUCCACUGCCACAACACUUGUGGGAUGUUGAUGAUGUGCAGCAGCUUUCUGAAGACAUCGGAACGGCAAAGGCACGUGUUGAAGGCUGUUCCUCAUUCUUAAAAGCUGCUAUCAGAUGGUCAGCCGAAUAUGGAGCAGAUAGUAAUGGAUCUCCUGAACUGCACAUUAUGCUAGCCGAAUACAUAUAUUCGGAAAGUCCUGAGGCGGAUAUAGGUAAAGUAACAUAUCAUUUUACGAGAGGAAAUGAUCCAAAGAAGUUUGCUUCUACUCUGGUGAACUUUCUGGGCAAGGUACACACUUCCAUGCCUUUUUUAUUUUUCUCCUUGCUAGGAGCUUCACAAAUUCUGUAUUUGUGUCAAGGUAAUUUGAGAGAUGCCAACCUAUUAGUUGAAGAGGUAAAGACACAAAUCGAAUCCACCGAGAUUGAGUUCCCAAAGUCAGAGUUAAUGCAGUUCAUCACUUAUCUUUUGCAAACGAUGGAGAGAGAUGCUUUGCCUCUUUUUAAUAUGUUGAGAGUAAAUUAUAAGUCAAGUAUUGACAGGGAACCUGCAUUCCAUGAGAUGCUAGAUGACAUUGCAGAGAAGUUUUUUGGAGUACAGAGAAGGAAUCCCAUGGGGAUGUUUGGAGAUAUAUUCAAGUUGAUGGGGUCUGCUGAAUGAGUUACUCAUUGUUGAAACACUGCCAGAUAGGACAGCAACUUCUAUUGAAAUUUCUGAUAAUUAUAGCACCUUUAUUUUCAUUCUUUUUUAGGAUAGAGCAAUCUGUCUCAGUAAACAAAAGCUGUGUGAUCUCUUGAUAUAGUUUAUUUUUGGUGAAUUUAUUGUGAUUUAUAAAUGCUAGAUUCACAAAUUUGCAUAGUACUCAUUUCAAGAGUUAUUUGCUGUAAAAACUUCUACAGUGGAGAUUGAUUGCUUUUUAUUAGUCUUUCA